UGUAGGGUGGGGGGACGGGGGCGCGGCGCCGGCAGCCAGCCGUGACGAGGUGCUCCCGGCGCUGUGCGCUUCUGCUCGGGCACGCAUGGCGCCCGCACCGGCAGUGUGACCUGAUGCGGACGCGAGGGGGUUACUAUGAACGCCCCCGUCGCUGGGAUCUGGCUCUGGCUCCCUCUGUUCUGGACCUGGCUCAGCCCGGAGGAGGUCAGCUCUUCAUGGUGGUAUAUGAGAGCUACAGGUGGCUCUUCCAGGGUGAUGUGUGACAAUGUGCCAGGCCUGGUGAGCCGACAGAGGCAGCUGUGCCACCGACACCCAGAUGUGAUGCGUGCCAUUGGCCUGGGCGUGGCUGAGUGGACAGCUGAGUGCCAGCACCAGUUCCGCCAGCACCGCUGGAACUGCAAUACCCUGGACCGGGAUCACAGCCUCUUUGGCAGGGUCCUGCUCCGAAGUAGUCGGGAAUCUGCCUUUGUUUACGCCAUCUCCUCAGCUGGAGUUGUAUUUGCCAUCACCAGGGCCUGUAGCCAAGGAGAAUUAAAAUCCUGUUCCUGUGAUCCAAAGAAGAAAGGAACAGCCAAGGACAGCAAAGGCACUUUCGACUGGGGUGGCUGCAGUGAUAACAUAGACUAUGGGAUCAAGUUUGCCCGAGCAUUUGUGGAUGCCAAGGAAAGAAAAGGAAAGGAUGCCAGGGCCCUGAUGAAUCUCCACAACAACAGAGCUGGCAGGAAGGCUGUGAAGCGCUUCUUGAAGCAGGAGUGUAAGUGUCAUGGUGUGAGUGGUUCCUGCACUCUGAGGACGUGCUGGCUGGCCAUGGCCGACUUCAGAAAAACAGGCGAUUAUCUCUGGAGGAAGUACAAUGGGGCAAUUCAGGUCGUCAUGGACCAGGAUGGCACUGGCUUCACUGUGGCUAACAAACGCUUUAAGAAACCCACGAAAAAUGAUCUCGUGUACUUUGAGAACUCUCCUGACUACUGUAUCCGGGACCGAGAUGCAGGCUCCCUGGGUACCGCAGGCCGUGUGUGCAACCUGACUUCCCGAGGCAUGGACAGCUGUGAAGUUAUGUGCUGCGGGAGAGGCUAUGACACCUCCCGAGUCACCCGGAUGACCAAGUGCGAGUGCAAGUUCCACUGGUGCUGUGCCGUGCGCUGCCAGGACUGCCUAGAGUCCCUGGAUGUGCACACAUGUAAGGCCCCCAAGAGCGCUGAGUGGGCAACUCCCACAUGAUCCCAGUGAAGGUCAUCAUCCACCAUUCCUCCUCCCAAAAGGACGCCAAUGGAUCUGCAAGGACACUGGGCCUUUGGGUUGUCUAGGGAGAUAUUUCCAAAGCAUAUGACCUUUGUCUGCAGAAAGCCUCUCCCUUCCUGUGGGCCCAAGACUGAUGCCACAUGUGGUAUGCAAUGCCUGCCCUGUCUCUCUGACUUUCGGCAUUCUAGGGUCCUGAUAGGCUGUUAGAGAGAUGAAGGGUGGGACCAAAUCUCUGACUCCACCCUUACCCCACCCCAGAAGUUUUCUCUUUCUAGAGCUGUUGACCAGAGGGAGAACACAUCAAUGGAGCUCUCUCGGGGUCUUCCAACAAAUGCUUACACUUCAGAAACUCUUCCUUUAUCUGGAGGGCAGAGAAAAGGAAGUAGUUGUUACCAUUAAAUGAAAUUAAAUUCUUAAAAAGAGCCAGCAAAGCUUUUGCCUGAACAACCUCCAGGAGUAGUUGGUAAUUGCCUCAAGAAUGAUAUCUUUGAAAAAGCUAUAGCUUAGGAAUGUAUCUUUUUCAAGACCCAAAGUUUACUUCCAUAGUAAUUUGAUGUCACAAAGCAGGACCGUUACCCUCUGGAACAGUUUUGAAUCAAUGUAAUAGUAGAAAUGCCAGGAAGUGAUUAUUGGCAUUGCUUCCUUUUCGAUAGGAAAAACCUUGAGGAGUGAAACUUCCUUCUUGCUUAGGAUCUGAAGGGCAUUUAAACAGAAGAUUGAUGAGCUGGCAGUUUUCUCUAUUUCUCUCAAGAAUAUAGAGGAAAAUUACUUUGUGAAAAAGUAGAAAAUGUGUCUUUACAGAACUAUGCAGGUGACCUGUGGAAUUCUGUAACUGAAACUGAGAAUGCAAACACUGGGCAUGAUCAGGGAAACUGAAAGCUGAUAGAGACAUUUCCUAAGCUGAGUUGAGGCCUGGAAACUGUCCCAUAAGCAGAGGCCUAAAAGAAGUUGGCCACAUGGGUAGAGGAGCAUCAGCUAGUACCCAUUACCCUUCCAGCACAUUAUAAAGUCCUGUCAUAGUUAAUUGUGUUCAUCUGUUGCUUAUAAGAUGACAAGAUACUGUGGCUCAAGCAAAUGGCACAGAGCUUUGUGUAUAAAGUUAGGAACCCCAGCAUAUUGUGUUACAAGCACAUCAUGAGAGGGAGACUAUCAUUAAAAGAUCCAGCUGUAAUUAUGAGAACUCAGUAUACAAAUUGUGGUCAGCCUCUGUCUUGAGCCAAAAGAUGACAUCUAGGGAGAACAGAGAAGCUGCCGCCUCAUUCUGUAGAUUUAAUGAGAGAAAGGUGAAGUGGAUACUUAGUUCUUAUCCCCUCACCAAAAUAGGCUCUUGUUCUCAAUGUGAUUCCUUACAGAGCUAACAGUCUCCUUCAUAAUAUGUGUCUGGUUUCAACCUCUUGAUGCUAGCUCAUUCUCUUAAUUCUUGAGUCUUUGCUAUCUCUCUCCCUUGCUUUAUAGCAGGACAUCAAGACAGAGGCUUGCAGGAAACAUCUUGCUGAAGUACUUUCUUAUCAUAUUUGCCUUCUCAUCUGUUCUCUUAAAAAACGGCAGAUUAUUCUUCUUUCCCACUCCAGACCUCAGAAUUAGCUGUCUAAUAAUUCCAAAGUGGCUCUUUCCUCUUUCGAUUCUGUAGAGUUGGAGUGUGGGAACAGUGGAGGGUGAGUCGCUGCUCUGAGCUCAGUGUAGGCCCAUGGUGAGGAAGUGGGGGAAAAGUGGAGGCCUGGCUUGUGGGUUUAGCCUGAGUCACACUGAAUUUUGCUUCGGGAUGAUAGUUUCUCCUUGGGUCCCAAAGCCAUCAGCUGUAAUAAAUUAAUGGAGAUAGUGAGAUAAAGAAACAUUCAGAGGACACCUCAGCUCUCAGUUCAUAUCUAAGGAAACUGAUACUGGGAGGUGGAGGAAUCUAAGCAGAUAGCCACCAUGACCCCAUCACCCCAUGAUCCCAUGCUCUGUCUCCAACAGUGAAGCACUUUAAUAUAGUAAAGAAAUGAGUUUGUUUCAGAAUUAACACAACGCUUCUAAAUAAUAUUAGCUUCCAAUGGGAUGUUCAUUGUUUUCUCUUUUCUGUCUCUUCCUUUUAUUCCUAGGUCAGUUCAGAUCUUAUUUCUCUUUUACACUGAAUUUAUCAUUCCUGAUAAGGAACUAGGGGACCAGAUAUAUCCAUGCAGAAACUUGCACAGACUAUCUGCUGGAUAAGGGAGCCUAUGGCAACCAUCUCAAGGGGUAGUGGGAGCAAGCACUGUGAAAGGCAAGGGAAGAAAGUGAGUUAUUAGUUUCUACUUCUACUUCUGAAACAGGAUCUCUUUGUUAGUGGAAAUACACAUUUUGUGAAGAUCAUUUUUAACUCAUCCUCUUUAGAGUUUGGUAGCGGCUCAGUAACCCAUGAUUCUAUAGCUAGGCCCUUGAUUAUCUGGGUCUUUUAAAAGAAUAUAUGGCACUAAUGAUUCAAAAUUAGAGAAUGAGAGAAUACACUCAGGUCAAAUUCUCUUGUAAAGUUCCUCUCAGAAGAAAUAAAAAGAUAAAGAUAAACAUAGGCACAGGUAAUAUUCAUUUAUUUUCUGUGAUAUUUGAAGUAGUUCCACACAAUAGGAGAUCUU